UCAAAGAUUUUAUUUUCAUUUUAUGUUAAAGAGUAGAAGAUUACCGUACACUGAUAUUACAUUUCAUGCCAACGUGUCUUUUAAUGUUUGUAUUGGUAAAAUGUUUUACAUCUCUAUGUUAGUCUUCCCUCCUUUCACUUCACCUCUCCUACUCGUAUUUCUACCUGCCAUCUCCUUCGUGACAAAAAGUGUGAUUCAAAUCGCCUUCCAGAUUGCAUCAGACAAAUUGCGUGACAUGCAAAGAGAGAGCUAGAAAAAGCCUGAAACAUCUGUAAAAUACAUUUCUCAACACGGAUUAUACCCUUCUCAGCGAGGAGGUUUCCGGACUUCCAUUCUAAAGUAUCAAAUGUUUGAGACUUUGUGCAGAAGGAUAGAUUUCUUUCCCGCCACGACCUUAGCACGUGCUUGGCGUGAAUUUCUGACCCGAGAAUCCGUUAUUUCCAGCGCUCUGAUUGGCUGGCGCAAAUGAAUAGUCCAAUAACAACUUUCGGUGCUCACGUUGUAGUAAUAUUGGCCUUUAUCUGUACUACAUCGACUUUUGUGUGCCGGUUAAGGCAUUUCCCCGGCUAAUAUAGCCUUGUUAAGCUCUUGAAAUUCGCCCUAGGUUAGCCAAGAGCAACUGGGAAAGCCACGAAGAUGAGCGAAAGCCCGGAUAACGAUGUUCACAACACUUCGAACACCCCGCUCAAACCUUCGGAGGAAGCCGACCCCGAAGCACCGAAAGUCCAAAUCCAGUCGAAAGUCGGCCUUGAAAAGCGAGUUACUCUGCUCAGUGGUAUAUCAUUCAUCGUGGGGACCGUAAUAGGGUCAGGAAUAUUCAUUUCACCCACCGGAAUCCUCGGCACAACUCAAUCUAUCGGACUUUCAUUGAUGGUUUGGUUUGGAUGUGGAUUCCUCGCUUUGCUUGCCUGCCUUUGCUAUACUGAGUUAGGGACGGCUGUACAGAAAUCCGGGGCCGAAUAUGCCUAUCUUAUGGAAGCUUUUGGUCCAAUCCCGGCCUUUCUGUUCGCCUGGACAGGGAUAAUCAUCAAUAGACCUGCCAUCACUGCAAUCGUGUCGUUGAUUUUCGCCGAGUACGUUGCUAAGCCUUUCUUCCCAGAAUGUGCCCCUCCGCCAGCGGUUGUGAAACUUCUUGGACUGGCUUGUAUUGUAACUGUGACUGGAAUUAACUGUUGGAGUGUGCGUUGGGCCACACGAGUACAAAGAAUCUUCACCUAUGCUAAACUGCUGUGCAUUGCUAUGCUGGUUAUCAUAGGGGUGGUUGAACUAUGCAAAGGAAAAACAGAAAAUCUACAAAAUGCAUUUGAGGGUUCUGAGACUGAUCCAGCCAAAAUAGGCUUUGCAUUCUACAUUGGACUGUGGGCCUAUGAUGGAUGGAAUUCACUUAAUUAUUGUACAGAAGAGAUGAAGGACCCUGCCAGAGAUAUGCCUAAAGCAAUUAUCAUCGGCAUUUCAAUCAUCACUGGGUGUUAUCUCAUGGUGAAUAUUGCCUACAUAACCGUCCUGGGCGGAGCUGGUAUUCUCGCGUCAGAGGCAGUGGCUGUCAGCAUUGGUGAUGUCUAUCUUGGCCCAAUGAAAUGGAUCAUCCCCGUGUUUGUAGCUGCUUCUACAUUUGGCACCGUCAAUGGUGUAGCCUUUACUAGUGGAAGGUUGACAUAUACCGCUGCCCGUGAUGGCCUAUUACCGUCCAUGCUUGCCAUGAUUCAAGUGAAGCGCUUGACUCCUCUUCCCUCCAUGCUUCUCACGAGCACUAUUGCCAUCUGCAUGUUAUUGCCACCUGGCAGUAAUUUCAUGAGUCUUGUGGGAUUCUUCAGUUUUGCUGCCUGGUUGUUCUAUGGUGGUUCAUUUGCAGCUUUGCUGUGGUUGAGGUACAAGAAACCGGAAAUGCCUCGCCCUUAUAGGGUGCCUAUCGUUAUCCCAAUCUUCAUGCUGCUUGCGUCCAUGUAUCUGUGUAUCGCACCAUUCGUGGCCAAGCCUAUCGGUUCAACUAUUGCCUGUCUGAUUAUCCUUGCCGGUCUGCCAUUCUAUUUCUUCUUCAAGUCGCCCUAUGUCCCAAAGUGGUUUAGACGGUACUUUGAAUCCUUCACUUAUGGAUCCCAAAAGUUGUUCAACAUCGCUUUAGCAGAUGAGGAUUGAGAGCUUACAGUAACCUUGGAAACUAGAAAGAACAAACAGCAAAAUCCAGGCUUGCUGUGAGCAUAGUCAGGAUUAUGCAGUCUAAGAUUUGAUAAUUCUUCAAUCAGAAAACGUCGAGCGGUGGAUGCACAUGGUGGAUUGGUGUACACUGCUGAUAAGUGAAACACAACACAAAGAGCUGCCAUAGAUAGUGUUGUCAUAACGUUUUAUCAGGUUUGUUUUUGUGUAGGAUAUUAUCAAGGGUUUUUAAGGACAUGAACGAUUGGAGACAUUUCCAUUGAUAGAAAUUCCAUAACCAAUAGAGGAAGGAUUUUUCCUAGGAGAACACAAUACAUAAUAGCAUUUUUAAUGCUUUAAAAAAAAAGCGUUAAGAUUUUAAGUUGAAUUUCAAGCAAAUGCUGUUGUUAUUCACUAAUUAAUUUUAUUCAUUCCAAAUGGACAUGCAACUGUAGCUUGUUGGUAAAAGAUUACAUACAUGGCGGACAAUUGCCUGGUCAUUUAAUAAUACGCAAUUAUGUUUGCACAUCGGAAUUUGUUAGAUAUAAUUAAAGUAAACGUAAAUUGAUUUGCUACUUGAUAUUUAUUUUCAGCACUGCAUGAAGAUUAUUGUAAUUUAUAGCAUUAUAAAUGUAAAUUGAUUGAAAAUCUGUAUGAUAAAGAAUCGUAGUAAAAAUAAGACCUCUCACUUGUCAGCGUACGAAGCAGUGAUAAGUAUAUCGUGCGUAUAGAUGAUUUCAUAUAGAAGUAAAGAUGAUCAUUGCAUGAAAAGUCCAAA